AUGCUGGUCGGGACGACGCCGGACGACGCGCACCUGCGAGGGCCGUCCUUGUGGGCUGUCGCCCAGCACCUGGAGGUGAAGCCCGCGGAGCUCGGAGGGCUCGAGCUUGCCCAGGCGCUGGCGGCGGAGCGGGCGGCCGCUGCCGCGCUGGCCGAUUCGCUAGAAGCCGCCCCUGCACCAGCUGUUCGAGUCGAAACUCGGGCUCACGUCGAGGCGGCCCGCACCGACGAGGAGUGCGCGGAGGCGCGCGGAAGGCUCCGCGAGUUGCUGGCCCUGGAGAACAAGGACUUCGUUCACGGCCUGGACGACGGCACCCUCCGGCGCUUCCUCUGCGCGCGGGCCUGCGACGUGGAGAAGGCCAAAAGGCUGAUUCUCGAGGCCCGCGAGCUCCAGGAGCGCCACCUGCCGCAGCCGCUGGACUACCACGAGCUGGAAGCGCACGCACGCCUCGGGCAGAUGCGGGUCACCGGCCUCGACGCGCACGGCCGCGCCGUGGUCGUCGUCGACGGCGCGCUGCUGGGAGGCGACGCCGCCGCCCAGCUGCGCCUCGUCGCCUUCAGCCUCGCGCACGCGGUGCGCCGCAUGGAGGGCUCGCGGGCGGAGAAGUACGUGAUCUUCAUCCACCUCUCCGGCUUCUCGCUGUCCUCGAGCCCGUCGCGGGCGCUGCUGAAGGACGCCGGGGCCCUGAUGUCGACCAGCUUCCCCGAGCGGUGCGGCAACGUCGUGUUCCACCAGGCCCCGCGGAUCUUCACGGGGGUGUACCGGCUGUGCACGCCCUUCAUCGACGCGCGGACUGCUGCCAAGUUUGUCUUCCUCUCGGGAGACGACUCCCCAGGCACCGCGAACGACUCCAUUCUGCGCGAGCGGCUGUGGGCGCGCGGCGCGGCCGUGAGGGAGCAGGCCCAGGCAGGCUCCUUCAAGGAGCCCGACGCCGACGAUUACGACCGCCUCAAGGACUACGGUAUCGACGACAUCAUCGAGGUCUGCGCCUUGAGCGGGCCGCCUCGGCGGGGUAAAGAUCAGGAGACGGGCCCAUUCGCCUUGUCUCUGAAGCCUCUCGGGGGCCGGCCCCGGGCCCCGCCCCCCAACGAGUACGGCUUCUUCCGGGAGGGUUGCUUGCUGGGGGCGUCCAAGGAGAGCUUCGGCAAGGUGCUCAACCAGGAUUUCCAGCAGGACGGGAGCUCAGGGUGCGUGCACUUCUGCUGCUAUGACAGGCCGGAGGUAUGCCCAGAGGCGUGGGGCUCCCGGCAGGUCUACCACGUCGGGAAGUGGCGGCACCGGGAGGACAACAACAACGGCAAGGACUACUUCAGCCUCCCGGAGGAGCUCGGAAUCCCUGGGCAGGAGCUCAAGGGGAGGCUCGACAAGCUCAAAAACGAUCUCGACCGGCGGACUCGGAGCGAGGAUCGUCGGUCUCGGAGCCGCCGCGGCGAGCCCCGGAAGGCGAAGAAGAGCUUCGCAGAGGGCCUGUACGAACGUGCUGCCGACCAGCAUGCCAGUGGCGCGACCCUGCCCAAAGAUACGGUGAGGGAGGAGGAGUUGGAGAAGCUGCUCCGGAAGGCUUUCGCGGACAAGGGCGAUGAGGAGACGGAUUUUCCUUCGGCCCCUCCCAGAGCGCACAUCGACUUGGCAGUCUUUGCGCGCCGGUACCCGGGUGUGCUGCUCCAGAGGGCCCUGCAGGAGAUGCAGCGGUACCUGGCACCUCUGGGGGGGGCGUCCGCGGCGGCGAGCAGCGAGCAGCAGCACGGCAAGAUCACGCAGUACCUCAUCAGCGUCUUCUUCCAGCGUUACGGCGUGGAGACGAUCGGCAUCCGCAAUGUGCGGGAGCUCCGCACGAUCAGCGAAUGCUUGGACGCCCUCCUGGACGGGGACCUCCCACGGCUGGGAGACGUGCUCGUGCAGCGAUUCAAGGCUUUGGAGACGGCGGUCAGCGACGGGGGCUGGUCGAUCGCGCGGCACCAGGAGCUCAUCCCCAGCUCCGACGUGGGGCUGGCCAGCGAGAGGGAGCGGGCGGCCGCCAUGCGCAUAGAGCUGGACAGGGUCAAGCUCGCGGAGGCCGCCACGAGGGCAAAGGCGCACGACGUGGGCGCCAAGCGCAGAUCGAGAGAGGAGGGCGCCCGUGAUUCUGACCCCUGCCUCGGCGACAGCCCCAUGGCGCCACUGACAGGGGAGCUCCACGAACUUGGGGCCGCGGCGUCAGGUGGCAAGACGAUGGGUCAGCUGGGCAGGCACAUCCUCCAGGCUGCUCGGCGGCGCGGCUCCCCCUACGGCGAGUGCGUGAGGCGACAGCUCACCGGCCAGCUAUGGCAGGGAGGCAAGCGACAGCGAGAUGUCCUUCCUCUCCCUGUCCCGUGGGGGGACGACGCUGUCGAGAUGGCCAUGGAACAGCUGGAUGGGCGGUCGCUCCCGUCCAGUUGGCAUCAGGGGCGUGACGAGCGAGCUCGGCUUGCAGGCAUCGGCAGCUGGGUCAUCCUCGUCAUAUCGGCCCUCAACUUCCUGUACGCGGGGGCGGACAAGCUCGUGGACCUGCGCCGGCGCGCGGGGCCGGCCAACCAAUCCCAGAUCAGAGCUCUCGAGAAGAUCAAGGAGGCGUGCACUUAUCACGUCGACCGCCGCUCCGAAGAGACAGGGGCGUUCGGACGGUCGCCGAAGAUCGACUUCGACCAGAUGCUCGGCAGGAAGCGGCUCUCUUACGAGGGCCACGAGGUCUCGAUGCCGGAGAAGCUCACGCUGCAGGAGCUCCUCCCUGGCUUGCCGCCGCGCGGCGAGGCCGCCUCAGUCGACCCUUUGGAGUUUGCGUCCGAGGAGGUCGUUCACGCGCUGCUUCACCCUGAGCUGGUGUGCAAUGUGGGCGGCCACUGUGGUCCCCAGCCGCCGGCGAAAGUACAUGCUGAGGCAGCUGAUUGGGACGUCAUCGUCAAGGAGUUGCUGGAGCGUGGGGUCCUCGAAGAGAUCCCGCACGACGCCAUCGCGAGGGUCGGGGGUCAACCCAUCCUGAACGGCGCCUUCGGGGUCGUGAAGAGCGGCACGCCCAUGCCGCCAGCCACGAGGGUCCUGCGGCUCAUCAUCAACAUGGUCCCAAGCAACCGGGUCCAGGUGCCGAUCCUCGGUGACAUCAAGCUCCUGCCCGUGGGCGGAGAGCACCACGUCACCGUCAUCGAGGACGGGGAGUUGCUCGUUUGGUCAAGUGAGGACAUCAAAGGAUGUUUCCACGUGUUUAAGUUGCCGGCAUGUUGGCGACCUUGGAUGGCGCUCUCGCGGCCCGUUGCCCCGGCGGCCCUCGGUAGGGCCACAGGGCCCCCGAUCUGGGUGUCGGUGGCGGCUGUGCCGAUGGGGUGGCUAUCCGCCGUCGGCAUCGUGCAACACCUCACGAGGCGCAUCGUCACGGGCGGCACGCUGACCAACACCAGCCUCGACGAGUCCGCGGAGCUCCGGCGCGACGCACGAUUUCCUCUGCGUCUCCAGCACUUGCCACGGAUGUGGUGGAAGGUCUACAUCGACAACGUUGACAUCGCCGAGGUGAUGGUGCAAGGCGAGGCUGAGGACCUCCAGGGGACUCUCAGCGUCGAGCAGGUCGCCGUUCGGGAUGCCCUUGCCCAGUGGGGCAUUCGCCGGAACGAGGACAAGACAGUCGAGCGGUCUUUCCUUGCAACGUCGAUGGGGUCAGCCGUGGAUGGGCGGCGCGGGCGCGUGAGCCCCACCUUCGAGAAGCUCCUUCUCCACCUCGCUCUCACAUGCUGGGUGCUCGCACGGCCCGACUGCAAGGCGAUCUGGCUUGCCGCUGCCGCUGGCCGGUGGUGUUUCGAUUUCGGGCAUCGGCGGCCGGCCUUCGGCGCAUUCGAUCGCAUCUGGAAGGAGAUGUCAGAGUGGCGAGGGCGGCACCCCAUAUCGCGUACCUCUGGGGAUGAGCUGUACAUUGCCAUGGCUAUUUCCCCUCUGCUAUUCGCUGACCUCCGGGCCGUCCUGCAUCCGGAGCCGCUCGCGACCGACGCCUCAGAGUACGGUGGCGGGACGUGUGUCGGGGCAUCGCUCACGCCAAAGGGCUGGGCAGCGGCCCAGACGGAGGCCGGGCCGGCGUGGCCAGAGAGCGGCCCAGUUUCGGAGACUGCUGCGAAAAAGUAUGUAGUUCACGGUCUGUUGCGGCAAGCUGACCACCGCGGGAGCGAUGUGCGGCUGGACUUGGGUCUGCCGUUCCGCCCGAGCGCGUGGCCGCGGGCUCCGAUAGACGUCGAACGAUGGCAGUGGCAAACUGUCCUGAGCCACGCUUGGCGCCGGCAGGGCCGCCACAUUAAUGAGCUCGAGUUGGCCGAGGUCCUGCUUGCUGUGAAAUGGUUUUGCCGCAGGGCGGACCGGCUCGGAAGCAGGGUCGCCAUUUUGGUGGACUCUCAGGUCACUCUUGCAGUUUGCGCCAAGGGGCGGUCAUCCUCGAGGCGUUUGAACCACCUGUUGCGACGUCUUGAUGCGUAUUGCCUAGCUGCCUUCCUGUGGCCAUUCUUUGGCUACGUAGCGAGCAAGGCCAACCCGGCCGACGGGCCGCGGGGGACCCUGCAUCCAGCCAUGAGUCCUAAGCAGGUCGCCGCGGCCACGAGGAAGGCUGGGCGCGCCGCUUCGCGCGCCUCUCUCGGCAAGCUUCAAGACCAGGUAGUCACAGCCGGGACUCUUGCCCGGUAUCGGCAACAGGUGAAAGGUUUCUUAAUUUGGCGAUCGGCCGAGCUCGAUGACCCGAGUGUUGAGGCCGAUCUCGAUGAGCAGCUCAUGGCUUACAUUGAAGUGCUGUGGGCAGAGGGCGACCCCAAAGCCUAUGCAAAUGAUUUGGUUGCGGGGAUCCAGCAUUUCAUGCCCCGGUACAGGAGAGCUCUGAACGGUAGCUGGCGGCUCCUGGGGGCGUGGGCCCGGGCUGAACUACCAGUCAGGGCCCCCCCUCUCAGUAAAAAGGUUGCCUUGGGUAUCGCCGGCUACGCGGCCGUCCAGCGAAGCUACGCCUUAGGAGUUCUAUGGCUUGUUGGCUUCCACUGUUGCCUCCGCUCAGGUGAGAUGUUCGCCCUGCGAGCUGGCGACAUCAUUUUUGGGCAGGGCUCCAACUACGCCGUGCUCAACUUAAGGCUCACCAAGACCGGGGCGCGGCAGGGCGCUCAAGAGUCGGUCACAAUUUCUGACAGUAUCGUGGCCGCUCAUUUGCAGCGUGUCGUGCGUGAUUUGCCACCUGGGCAGUUGGUGUGCAGCUUGUCAGGCCCGUCGCAGCGGCAGAUUUUCCGCGAGAUAUGCCGAGAACUGCAGCUGGACGAACACGGGUAUGGCAUGUAUUCUUUCCGGCGAGGCUCAGCCUGGCUGGAAGAUGUUUUCCGGGCGCUGUCUCCUCUCCUGCCCCUGUGGGCGCUCCUGGCAGUGGCUGGGAGGGCCCCGGUGGGCGAGAGGCCCGCCGCGGGCCUGCUCGGAGCGCCGCACGGGCUGCCGGCCAUGCAGCCCAUAGGCAGCGACGACUCGUCCGCGGACGACGCCGAGGACCGGCGUUUGGUGGUACGAUCCCCAUUGGAGAAGCUCCUGGAGGGUGACGUCAGCUGCUUCGACCUCGGGAGCUGCGACGGGCUCUUCGGCUUGGGGGAUGUCUACGAGACCCCGUCGGUGGACCGCGCCAAUGCAGAGGCACGCAAGACCCAACUGGUCGAGGGCGUCACCAAGCUGGCAGGGGAUCUCUUAGGCAAGGCCGAAGAGAUGGUCAACCGACUCAAAGCGGAACACCAGCAGCACUUGGACCAGCUCCCCCAGAAGAAGCGGAGGGCCGACGGCGAGCAGUCGGCAGCCAGCGAUGUCGCAAGCCAGAAGCCCCCCGCAGCUGCUGUGGAUGCUGCUCCUGGCAAUCCUGACGGUAUCGGCCAGCCCGCUGCCGCAGUCUCGCCAGCCACAGAUGUCCGCUGGCGGGCCGCCGAUCUCUUGGCCAAUGGACGGUCGGUUGGGGCGCUCACGCAGCCCAGCAGCCGCUGGCCGAAGGGGCGCGAGGGCGAGCUGCAGCUGGCGUGGAGGCGGCCCCCGGCCUGCAGUCCUCGCCGCGAGUGCGGCGAGCUGCUCGGCGGCCGUGCGGAGGUAGCGCGGGACGUCGACCCGCCGAGCGCGGAGGAGGAGAGCGCGCCGGCCGCGGACGCGGCGGGGCCGCCCGCCGUGGGCGAGGCCCGGGCGGCGGGCGAGCAGGGCUACCAGGCGCGGCGGCGGGCGGCGCAGCAGGAGCGCGCGGGGGCGCCGCGGAAGAGGAGAGUCGUGCCGCGCGGAACUUCUGCCAGGCCGGGGCCUCCGCAGAGCGAGGCGGCGCCCGUGCAGGGCACCCUGGAGCACCCACCGCACGGGCCAGCGACCGUGCGCUCCGCCGGCAGCGGCAAGUCGUUGCUGUGCUCGCCGCGCCAGGAGGCCGGCGCGGCGGCGGAGCCCGCCGCGUGGCAGGACGCCGUGGACGCCUUCCGCGGAGCAGUGGAGCAGGUCGUCGGACGGAGGCUCGAUCAGCUGCACGACGAGCUGCGCCGGCUGGAGGCGCGCCUGGCCGAGACCGGCGGCGCCGCCAUUCCGACGCCGCCGGGCGGGGCGGGCGAUGCAGGCUCGCCGCGGCGGAGUGCGCAGCAGGAGCCAGCGGCGGCGCCGCAGGAGCGGAGCACGAGGUUCCGGGAGAGCGCCCGUGCCGCCGCCGAGCUGGGGGAGGAGCCCAGCGAGGCCUCCGACGAGGCACCCAGCGGGCCAUGCGGCGAGGCGCCGGCCACGGACGGCGGCCUCGGCCGCGGCGGGGCCCCGCACGGCGACGGCGCGGCCCGGCCCAGCGGCGGUGGGGCACAGCUCGGCGUCGUGGAGGUCGGCGGCCGCCGGUCCGCCGCGCCCCGCCGGUCUCUCUGGAGCGCGAACGCGGAGCAGAGGCGCGGCCUUGCGAAGGUGGUGACCAGCCCCGCGUUCGAGCUGGCCAUGGCCGCCGUGAUCCUGCUCAACACGCUCUGCAUCGCGGCGGAAGCUCAGUACCAGGGAAUGGAGUCGGGCUACGACUCCGGGGUGGCUCCGCGCAUGACGGAGCCAGCCGACAAGGCCUGGCCAGGGGCCGACCGCAUUUUUUGGGGGCUCGAGUGGUUUUACGGAAUAUUGUUUACAGUCGAGCUCCUGCUCAAAUUGGUGGCCAUACCGAAGGUAGCCAUGACGGACCCAUGGAGCGUUAUCGACGUCCUCGUUGUUGCCUUCUUUUGGGUGGAGGCGCUCUCGAGCGACCUCCCUUUCCCACCGACCAUGAUCCGCUUGGCACGGAUGGCUCGGCUAUUGCGGUUCCUUCGGGUGGUGAAGACGAUCCGAGGGUUCGCCUCGCUCUACCUCAUGCUGCAGUCGAUUAAGGGCAGCGUGUCAGCUCUAGGAUGGUCUUGCGCUGUAGUGCUACUGGGCGAGAUGAUGCUAUCAUUGGCGGUUAAUUUGCUCGUGAGGGAUAAUUGGGAGGACGAGGCUUUUGAUCUCCAAGAGAGGGAGGUGCUCUUCGAGUAUUUCGGCACCUUCUCCAGGUCGAUGUUGACAAUGAUUGAGAUGCUGCUGGGAAAUUGGUUUGGUAUCACACGAAUUCUCACAGGCUUCAGCGAGUGGUGGAUGCUCUUCGGUAUCUGCCAUCAGUUGGUAUUCGGGUUCGCGGUGAUCGAAGUCAUUUCGGGAGUAUUCCUCAACGAAACAAUGAAAGUCGCGGCUCUGGACGAUAGCGUCAUGAUGAACGAGGUUAGGCGUGCUGCGAAGGCGGAGAGCGCGAAGUUGGCAGAAUUCUUCUCUAAGGCAGAUAGAGACGGUAGUGGGCUGGUGACCCGGGAAGAGCUCAUCAAGUUGGUGCAGGGCGCUUCCUUGCUGAAGAAGCCUGCCAGGGCGGUCGACCUCGCACACGCGCAGACGAUGCUCGAAGACAUGAGCGCACGCGUCGCUACCUCAAAGGACCUCGCACGCGCGCAGACGAUGCUCGAGGAUAUUGGCAUCAGGGCCGACGUCGAAUUCACACCUCCGAAGAUUGUAAACUCCAUGAAGCCUGGCGGCUUCCAGCGGCGCCACAGGAGCGCAGCGGAGGCGGCCCAGGCCAUCAGCAGCUCGCGGAGAGGCCCGGAGCCAGCCCGGAGAGUCUGUCUCGGGGCGCUGCCUCGGCCCCUGACGGGCGUUGGUCCGGCCCCGCUGGCCGACCUGGUGGCCUGCCGCAGCGAGAGCGGCGCGCACGGCGCGCGGUCCCGCACCGCGGUCGGCGCCAGUUCCCGGGGCACCCAGGCGUCCACAUCCUUCCAGCCCCCAGCGCGGCAGUCGACCUCGCAGCGCAGCGCGGUCACCCGCCACAGCGGCGACUCGCUCGCCACUUCGCAGAGCGCCGAGGCGCCCCUGGCGUCGGAGGCGCCGCGCGCGUCGGCGGCCGCCGCGCUGGCGCCGGAGCCGGAGGCGACGGUCCAGGCGGAGCCCGCCGCGUGGCGGGGCGCCGUGGAGUCUUUCAGGGCGGCGGUGGAGCAGGAGCUGCGCAGGCUGGAGGCGCGCCUGGACGAGGCCGGCGGCGCCGCCGCCAGGUCGGCCAUCGGCACCCUCGGGGAGGCCGCGGACGAGGCGGGGCCGCCGAGCGAGGCGGGCGAGGGCCCCUCGCGGCGGCGGACGCACCAGGAGCGCGCGGGAGCCACGCGGAAGCGGAGGCCCCGCGGGACCCUUGCGCACUCGCGGACGGUGAUCACGGACGAGAGUGUACAGGCCGCGGCCGAGUUGGGGAUCGACCCAGAGGUCGAGCAGGAGCCCGCCGAGGCCUCCGACGCACACCGCGGGCAGCCAGACGGGGGCAGCCAGACAGGCACCCCGAUGGACAGCACCGGCCUCGACGGUGACGCGGCCGUGCCCAGCGGCGACGAGGCGGACGGGUUGCGGAAGCACCACGCCACUGGGGUGCCCGCCGAGCGCCUGAGGCCAGCGGCGAGGCGCACGACGCUGAAGAGGACAUUGAUGCGGUUCAGCAACUGGCGGGAAAGCAUCAAAGAGAGCCAGUUUGCUAUACGUGAAGACACCAAGCUCAGCCUCAAGUGGGCCGUGACCAAGAAGGUCACGGAUGCCAGCACGUUCCCCGAGGAGAGCAAGCGCUACUCGACGAUGCUUCUCAACAGCUUCGUCGUGCGCUGGGGUGUGCCGGUGCUGAUCCUGGGCUCGGCGUUGCACAUGGGCUACGAGGCGGAUCAAGCGAUGCAGCACUACGACAGGGUGAAGGAGGACCGGACCUUUGCGGGCGUGAGCCUCUUCUUCACGCUGUGCUUCUGCGCCGAGCUCGCGCUGCGCAUGCUGGCACGGAUUCGUCAUGCGGGACAGCCCAGACUUCAAAUGGAACAUGUUCGACACGUUCGUGGUCUUCACGAGCGUGUUGGACGAAGUGAUGAAGCGCAUGUCAGUUUUAACACUGGACUUAUCAGCAGUUCGCUUGCUGAGGAUAUUGCGCCUCGCUCGCAUCAUUAG